AGUUACACCAUAAGUCUACGCUGAGUGAUUAAUCGAACACAAAACAACCCGAUAAUGGCAAACUUGGCCGGUCAGGCAGCGGAUUUUGAGUUCAUCUCUAUCCACGUUCGAAAUCCUCGAACCCAUUUGUUGCGCGGAUGGCCUGUCUAUACCGACUUCGAGAUCGUAGUUCUGACCAACAGUAUGAUCUUCGCUAAGCAAAAUACUAAAGUUAGAAGACGUUUCUCGGAGUUUAUGUGGCUCUGGAAACAUUUAUCAAGACAUACCUCGCUGUCACUGAAACUACCUUCGUUGCCAACAAAGAGAAAAGUUUUUGGUCGAUUUUCCAAAAGAUUUUUAGAGGAACGUCGGAGUGGUCUACAGGAGGCUUUGGCCAGUUUAUCGCGAAUCACCCCAAUUCUCGCGGACUCCAUAUUUCAUCUGUUUAUCCAAAGUAACUUAACAAGAAAAGAGAUGGAGAAUUUUAUCAGCGGAAGAGAUAAAAGAGAUCUUCUCGACAUAAUCGACCCUGCAGGAGAAUAUCAACAAUACAAAGACAGAAGAUGUACAUGUCAUUCAACAGUGGACAGCGGUUAUUCGGGUAGUGUACCACCAGAUGAAGCUGAUGAUAGUCGAGGAAUAUUUGACGAUGUUUCGAGCUGGGUUGCCUCACAACAGCACUUCGCCUCCAACGGCCUUAUGGGAAAUGGAUGGAGCUCAGGAUAUGCUAGUCAAACCACCUGCAAAUCACGUUCAAACUCACAACUUCGGGGGUUCUGUCCCAGUUGUUCAGAUAAACAGUCAACCCCUUUAAACAGAAGACUUAGUCUGACCCAUAAUGUAGCAUCUGUAUUGCCAGGUGGAAAGCUUAUGAUUGCCCCUUCGGCUAUGAAUUGUCCCAAGAUUGAUGAAGCAAAUUGUGAGAGCAGUGAUGGUAAAUCGGGCAGCCCCAAUCCUUAUGAAGGGGAUAACGAAUUGGAAUUUGAUUUAUCAGACUAUGAAAUCGUUAAAGACGAACCUUUUAUUCGUGUGAGAGACUGGUUAAAUUCUCAAAAUGAUAAAUCAGUUGGUGGAUGUAACAGUAGUGAUGAAGAAGACAUUUUGGAUGCUUGCCAAAGAGAAGUGCGAGUGAAAGAGUACGACGUUUUAAGUAUUCCUUGUGCUCGUAACCCUAAUAAUUGUAAAUCCGCGACUAGUAUGGGCUAUCACAGUAACGAAGGUAGUGUCCGAGGGGAUGCCAUUUCGGAAGAAGCUGGAGACGAUAAUGACUCCGAAUAUACUGUUCUUCAUUCGUCCAUUGGUGGACUUGAUUGGAAAGAUCGUGACGAAUUUUCAUCUUCAUGUGACAGUGAACAGUCAGCGGCUGUGUUCCUGACUUACGACGUAGUUGAAAUGAUAGAAGUGCGUUACACAAACGUGGUAUGAUUAUCGUGACAAAUGUUCCGUGACAUAGUGCUCAAGAAAUAAUACUUUUAGUCUUUCGAUGAAGUGCAAAUACCUUCCUAAUAAAUUUGGAAGUCAUAUCCGAUUUUUUUUUGGAGGAGGUGGAAUUUUCUUGAGAGCUUUUAAACCAAGUAUGACAUUUAGACAGGACAGUGAAAUGUUAUGAUGACAGUUCAGUUGCCCCUUCAUGAACACUAAUUAGUGAGGUCACUUUUUCAACGUGAUCUCCAUGCGUAGAAAUAUUCUAUAAUCGAAGAGUGGAGAAUAAAUGAAAGAUUUAUGAAUACUCGGA